AUGUACCUACAACAAAACCAGUACAUUAGUUUAUGACAACAUCAACAACAAAAAAGUAACAAAAAUGGUAGCAGCAAUUGCUGUUUCUUCACCAAAUUCCACACUUUUGAAGAACCACAUCAAUUUAAAACACUCAAGUUCAAAUUUUGUUGGUGGUUCUUUAAAGGGUCUUUGCUUGCAUGUGAAACAAAGACAACAAAGAAGAGAUUCAUUCAAUUUGGUUGUUGCUUCUGCCACAAGUUCUUCUGGAACAACAAGCAGUGCUAAUGGAAGAUUUUACUUCAACUUCACUGGUUUUCCUUUUCCACUUGGUCCUUUUCUCAAUAGACUCACUAUUAGGACUGAAGCGGUGAAGGGUUGCAUAUGGCUAUUUGAACAGGAACAAGCAUUAGGCUUCAGCAGUGUUUCAACAAACAUUAGAAUGACAGUUAUCAAACUCAAAUCUGGUGGCUUAUGGGUUCACGCACCUAUAGCUCCAACUGAUGAGUGUAUUCAGCUUAUCAAGGAAUUGGGGGCUCCAGUUGAAUACAUUGUCCUCCCUACUUUCGCCUACGAGCACAAAAUAUUUGUCGGUCCGUUUUCAAGAAAAUUUCCGCGUGCUCAGGUAUGGGUGGCACCGAGGCAAUGGAGUUGGCCAUUGAACUUACCUUUAGAAUUCUUUGGCAUUUUUCGUGCAAAAACUUUAAAAGAUGAAGAUUUAUCCACUCCUUGGGCCGGUGAAAUAGAGCAAAAGGUUCUAAGCUCACCAGAAGUUGGAAUUGGGCCAUAUGUGGAGGUUGCUUUCUACCACAAGCCUUCAAGGACAUUAUUGGUGACAGAUGCUGUUAUUCUUGUACCGAAACAGCCACCCGUGUGUAUUAACAAAGAAUCCCUUUUAGCAUCUGCAAAAAAUGGUUUGGCUGUAAAGAUUCUUAGCAAGGGAAAAGAGGUGCCUGAUGAACCUGUAAUUGACAACAAAAGAAACCUGCAAAAAGGAUGGGAAAGAAUGGUUCUACAAAUCUUGUUUCUUGGUCCUGCUAAUCUUUUGGAGCCUAAUGCCAGCUUUGAACAAAUGUCAGAGAAGUUGAUUGUUUCACCUAUCGUCAAGACUCUGGUCUUCAGCAAAGUUCCUGAAAAGGUAAAAGACUGGGUUGACAGUAUUUCGAGAGAUUGGAAGUUUAGAAGAAUUAUCCCAGCUCACUUCUCUGCACCAAUAAACGCAAGUAGGUCUGAUUUCCGUGCCGCAUUUGCAUUUCUGGACGAGUUUUUGGAUGACCGGUAUGAUGCUUGGCCUUCACUUUCCCUUCUGUUUUCAUCGAUCAAAGGAAAAGCAGCCAGUUACUUUCCUCCCGAUGACAUGAGAACCUUAUCAUCUCUUGACGAGUUUUUGGUCUCAGUUGGAGCUGUGAAGAAAACUGUUGCAGGAAGGAAGAGAUGAGAGAGCAUGAAUAUAUCACUUGCAAAUUGCAAUUACUUGUCAACUUGGCAAAUGGUAUAUUGCAUAUAGUUUUGUUAAUUUAGGAGGUUGAUUCUUCUUAAACAAAAUGUAAAUGUUUUACAUUGGAAUAGGCAUAUAUAUGUUGUCCAUUUCAUAUCAGGCACAGUUGCUAUGUGAUUCUUAAGAAGAUAAAUCUUAAAGCCACCAAAGUCAGAACUCUAGAAAGUAAUUUCUACACCUGAAAUAGUGUGUUAAUAUAAUAUAGCAAGUUAUAUUUUUAA